AUGAAACCAGCAAUUGUAUGUAAAUCACAGCUUUAUGACCAAUUUGUUGAACCGGAGCAAUUUGACCCAAGAGAAGAGUUGAAACGACGAAAGAAUGCCAUCGAAGAAUACUUACGGAGACGAGCUGAAUUUGCUUAUAAGGCCAAGGUAUCCCUGGAAGUUCGUGAAGUUAGAAAUGCCAGUGAUGAGGAUGUGAAUGAUCCAACAUCAAAGGAUUUCAUCCGAUUCAUGUCAGCAAAGCAAGGGAAUGACGGUACAACCAUUUAUGUGCAUGAUCACACGUUACGGAGGACGAAAGUGAACGAAACGCGGAACUUCACGCUUGCGGCCAAUGCCAACUUUUACAGUCUCCAUACUUCAUCCAUAGCCUCAGCUGUACAUAUUCCAACUCCGCUUUACGAUCGAAAUCCAGAACUGUUACGAAAAAUCGAAUGGUCCGAGAUUGACGAGGUUUAUCGCACACAUCGUGAGGAGACACGAGAUCUCGCCUUUCAAUUAUUUUGCUCGGAAAGCGGAUAUAUGCGAUUUUUCCCUGCUGCAUCAUGGUUCUGGGAUAAUCAUGUAGAGCAUUUGGAUUUAUUCGACUGCAGGAAUACGCAAUGGUACAUCAACGCAGCGACAAAUUCGAAAAACGUAGUGAUCAUGUUAGAUAUGUCGGGUUCAAUGUUGGGUCAACGUUAUGAGAUUGCAAAACAAACUACAGAGGCUAUCCUAGAGACGCUUAGCCAUAAUGAUUACUUUAACAUCAUGCCGUUUUCUAAGAAUCCCUACUUUUUGGACGACUGCAAUGGCAAGAAUGGUCUUCUUCAAGCCACGAUGCGCAACAAGAGGAAUCCCUACUUUUUGGACGACUGCAAUGGCAAGAAUGGUCUUCUUCAAGCCACAAUGCGCAACAAGAGGAAUCUACGUAGCAAAAUGAACAACGUCUCAAGUGAGGGAAAAGCCGAGUACGAAAAAGCUUUACCAUUCGCAUUUACUACGCUAUUAAAUGUGGGUUAUGGCGCUUCUGGGAAUUGA